UUAUUAAUGUUCAACUGUGAGCUAACAUAGUUAGUUACCCUCUAUUAUUGAUAAUUAAAAUUAACCUUGAAACACAUUCGUUCUCCGUUGCCAUCGCCGUAAUGAAUUUCUUGAAAAGCUUACUCCCUACCACUCGACGAAUGUCAAACUCGCGGAGCCACAUUAGCAAGCUAUCAGAAGAGCCGUACCAAAAGUACAGCUCAGGCGGAUAUCAUCCUACGAGGCUGGGUGAUGUGUUUGAUGAAAAGUAUCAGGUCGUUAGAAAGUUAGGUUACGGCCAGUAUUCAACAGUGUGGCUAGCGCAAGAUAUAAAGACUAAUGGAGUUGUUGCCUUGAAAAUCCUGCAAGCUGAUUUUAGCGUUGACGGGAUGAGAAAUUAUGAACUCGAAAUGCUACGGUUCAUGAAAAGUGACGGAUCUACCCACCCUGGGAAAAGGCAUAUUCUCAGCCUUUGUGAUGAUUUUCAACACCACGGGCCGCAUGGAGAUCAUAUAUGCCUAGUGCACGAGGCAACAGGCCCAGACCUAGCAAAGUAUCAACGUCGCCUCCCAGAGGCUCAGAUACCUGUGCCAACGGUCAGGCAGAUUGCAAAGCAGCUCUUACUUGCACUUGAUUAUCUCCACCGUUCUUGCAGCAUAAUCCAUACCGAUAUCAAACCAGGGAACAUUCUUAUUGAGAUGGAUGAAAACGAGCCGAUUGCCCUACGUGCCCUACCAUCAGAUGUAUCUAAAUCUUCGGAAUUUUAUAUGGCUUCUGAGCCUCUUCCUAUGAAUAGUGAUGUUUCAACCAUUAAUGUUUUUUUAGCUGAUUUUGGUACUGCUAGUUGGGUUGAUAGGCACUUAACAGAGUUUAUCCAGCCUCGCUGCCUACGAGCACCCGAGGUUAUACUGGAGGCUAAAUGGGAUGCAAGUACCGACAUAUGGAAUGCAGGAUGUGUUAUCUAUGAGCUUUUAACAGGAAAAUACCUGUUUGAUGGCUGUCCAAGUGCAGCGGGUUCUUAUGCCCCUGAACAUCAUUUGUCCCAAAUGGUCGCUCUUUUCGGCCGUUUUCCUAUAGACCUACUCAAUAGAGGCCAAGCGUCAGAGAAAUACUUUGACUCGGAAGGUAAUCUUAAAGGCAUCCCUGCCAUGUCUGGAUUCUCAUUGGGUGGGUUCAUCGAAAACGGGAGCUUCCAUUCUAUCCAGGAGAAGGAAGACUUUAUCCAGUUCCUUCAAUCCAUACUUGUUCUUGCCCCGGAAGAGCGAAAGCCCGCUCAUCUGUUGCUUGAGGAGUCGUGGUUAAACAAAGAAUAUCGCUGAAGCUUGCUUUUCUGAAGCUUUUUUGAACAAAGCACGCUCUAUGACGCAUACGCCAUUUUCUGCUCAGCUCACCACCCACCGAAUAAAUCAAGUUUAUAAAACCUUUCCAUAUACUACAGAGCAGAAAUUUAUAGCAAAUUAUACGAACAGGGAUAGAUCCAAUUGCCUCUUCAAAGUCUAUCCCCCAUUUGUUGAGCUGCUAGGUUUGACUGCGUUGAGGUGACCGAAGCGCCAUCAAUGUCAAACACUGCCUGGCAUCCUACCGCGGUAUAAGGAAAACGGAAGCCAUGUCCAUCAUUUGCAUUGGGUUCAGUAUCUCUGCUAGGCUCGAGUAGGCAAUAGUAUAAUGUCAUUGGAUCAUUUUCAAGCACCCGAAGAAUCACUUUCAUGCGACCAUUUGUCAGCCGGCUAUACUCAUGGCCUCCUUGAAUCAUAUGAUAUUCGAAUGCUUGGGUAACAGCUACACAAGAUAGAAAUGCAGAGUCAUAAACCCGCUUUUCAUCCACAUUCGUCGGUAUAGUCACUCAUUGGACAACUUCUUCUAGCAUUCUGAAGGAAGCGAUGGAAGUAGCUAGAAUCCAAGUUACUUUGUCCUCUCCAUUUUUGGACAAGUUAUAGAUAAUUUCUUUGACAAUCAAACAUCCACAUAUGAAGACCUGAGUCUGUGGAUGACCUCAAGUCAGCCAUCUCAGGUGCAUCUUCUUGCAUAGACAUGACACAAUGCCAUCACUAUAGUGCAAGAUAUCCAAAAUUCCCGCGAUUCAUUGUCCAUUCUUCUUCACUUUCCUUCAAAUGAAGAAGAAAGGCCAUUUCUACAUCUAUAACAAGCUUC